AUGAAGAAGAUCCCACUUAGUAAUAACACAACUUCUCGACGCAUCCAUGAAAUGGCCAACGAUGUCAAACAUCAGCUCAUUAAUAUUCUCCAGUGUUCUGAAAUUUCUAUACAAGUGGAUGAAUCAGUUGUUGUGGGCAAUCAAUGUUUGAUGAUGGUAUAUGUUCGGUAUUUAAGCGAAGACCUUCAACCUUGUGAGGAAUUGUUGUUCACAGAGAAAUUGCCGCUUGAUUCAAAAGGUGCAACUAUUUUUCACAUUCUCAAGUUUUUCCUUUUUAAGCAUAAUAUCCUACUCAGUAAUAUUCUUGCCUGUGCGUCUGAUGGAGCCCCUUCAGUGAUAGGGAGAUACAGAGGUUUUUCAUCUUUCUUAGAGUGUGAAAUUUCCCACCAGGUACUAACUGUUCAUUGCUUGGCACACCGGCAUCAUUUAGUGGCAAAAAAUAUGAACAGUAGAUUGAAUGAUGUGCUAAAGUUAGUUAUCAAGACUGUGAACAAAUGGAAGUCCAGUCCCUUGUCUGAUCGAAUUUUCCGUCAACUAUGUCUGAGAAAUGAUGAGGACUAUACUAAACUCUUAUACCAUACCGAAGUGCAAGUCUCCUCGUUGUCACAACCAGUCCAAUUUGGACUGUUUCACAUAAUCAUAUCAUUCGUUGAAGAUACUCCACGCUCCGCUUCAUUGAUGACUAAAUUGGUAUUGUAUAUGACUAACAUUUCAAAACGUCAGUUCCAUCAAUUUCCACAACUUGAUUCUUUGAAAGAUGAAUUGGUUGAUGAAGACUUAUCUACAUAUCGCAAAUAUUUACAAUCAUUGCAUGAUAACGUGGUGAACCGAUUUCAAGAUGUUAUUGCGCUGAAUAUUCCAAAUUGGUAUAGCAAACCGUUUGAGGUCAAUGCAGUCGAUUGCGAGGAUGAUGUUCAGGAGGAAUUGAUAGCGUUACAAAAUGACAAUUGCACCACAAUGCGAUAUCGCCGUAAUGGCAAAGAAAGGUUGUGGUACCAUCAGAGUAUAUUGAAUUCCUACCCCAGUCUGUGGAAACAUCUGAAAUUAUUUUGCUUGCCUUCACUUCCUCAUACCUGGUUGAAUCUGGUUUUAACCAUGUUGGAACUUUAUUUUCCCAUAAAAGAAUUGAACUGGAUGUGA